AUGCAUGGUCGGUCAGUUUGGUUGACAAUCUCUCUCCUGACCAUUGCUGCGAGAGAGGCAGCAGCAAAGCUCGCCCAGGAAGAAUUGACAUUGACAUGGAGUCUGGGAGCGCCAAAUGGUCAGCCCAGAGAGAUGAUCUUUAUGAACGGUCAGUUUCCAGGGCCUACAUUUGUCUGGGAUGAAGACGACGAUGUUGAGGUCCUUGUGCAUAAUAAGAUGCCGUUUAACACAACGAUACACUGGCAUGGGCUCUUGAUGCAGGGCACCCCUUGGUCAGACGGCGUGCCAGGCCUGGCCCAGAAACCAAUCGAGGUAGGGGAGUCUUUUAUCUACCGCUUUAAGGCUUAUCCAUCUGGGACUCACUGGUGGCAUUCCCAUACCAGGACGACCAUGUUUGAUGGACUAUUUGGUGCGAUGUAUAUUAGCAUCCAUAGGCCAAAACCUACUGCUCCAGCGCCGUGGUCCCUGAUCACUACUGAUCCAAAGGACAUUGCGAGUAUGCAAAGAGCCGUUGCCAAUCCACACGUUGUCGUGGUUUCGGACUGGACUCGGUUCAAGUCGUGGGAAUAUAUGAAAGCGCAAGAAAAUUCGGGCUAUACUAUCUUCUGUGUGGAUAGCCUACUUAUCAACGGCAAAGGCAGUGUAUACUGCCCUGGCGAAGACUUUCUUGUCAAUCACACGAGUGAUUACAUGAAAUGGGCAAUAUAUCCCCGCCAUGUGAAUGACAAGGGAUGCCUACCAUUUGUCAAGUCAACUGAAAACAAAUAUCUUAGGAAUGGCCGGCCAGAAACCAUUCCAUUACAUCUCCAGCAAGGAUGCGUGCCAUCUGAGGGAGAACGAGCUAUUUUCGAAGUUGACCCUGCUGACGAGUGGGUGAGUUUCAAUUUUGUAGAUGCAGCAACAUUCAAAACUCCUGUUUUUUCCAUUGACGGGCACGAGAUGUGGGUAUAUGAAGCAGAUGGACAUUUUAUUGAGCCGCGAAAAGUCGACACAGUAAAGUUCUACGCCGGCGAACGAUAUUCGGCCAUGGUCAAGCUACACAAGAAUGUUGCCCGUGAUUACACAAUCCGUGUAAUGGACUCGGGUCUCACUCAAAUUAUUGGGUCAUAUGCUACUUUACGAUAUAAACAAGACCUAGAUGAUAAGGAUAUGGGGGAUUACAUGGAAGCAGAGGGAAUAAUCAACUACGGUGGCCUCAACACGACACAUGCGGUUACACUUGACCGCGAAGACUUGCCUCCAUACCCACCAAAUCCGCCUGCAGCACACGCCGAUUCUCUUUACCUCCUGGACACACAUCGAGUGAAGACUGCAUGGACUUACACUAUGAAAGGCGGCGCAAUGUACGAAGAAGACCGCAGCGCAUAUGCUCCGCUGCUGUACCACCCUAACUCCGCCGAUGCAAUGGACGAAAGCCUUAUCAUCCGCACCAAGAAUAAUACCUGGAUCGAUCUUGUUGUUCAGGUGGGGUCUCUACCAAAUCAGCCCCAGGAGUUCCCUCACAUCAUGCACAAGCAUUCUGGCAAGACAUGGCAGAUUGGAGCGGGAGAGGGUCACUGGAACUAUUCGUCGGUAGAAGAGGCCAUGAAGGUAGAGCCAACUAAGUUCAACCUUAAAACACCCAAUUAUCGUGAUACGUUUAUCACAUCCUUUGAUGGUCCAUCGUGGAUUGUUUUGCGGUAUCAUUCCAAUAAUCCUGGGCCUUGGCUGAUGCACUGCCAUUUCGAGAUUCAUUUGGGCGGUGGAAUGGCAAUUGCAUUCAUGGACGGCGUUGAUGCAUGGCCGAAGGUACCGCCAGAAUACGCGCCAGGCAAGGCUGGUUUUCUACAUUAA